AUGUCCUCAAAGGGUAUCCACAAAAAGAGCAAAUCAUCAGAUGCUACAAAGAAACUAGCUGAAAAGAUCAAGAAACAGGCGUUACUCAAGCAGAAACAAUUGCAGGAAUCAAAAGAAUCCUCUGAUGGAGAUAAAACUGCAAGUUCUUCUGUUGCAGCAACCACUGAAACUACUAUUGAUCCUGAUGCUGAACUCAAGUUCAACACAUUUGCCGAACUAAACCUAGUCCCAGACUUGCUUGAAGCUAUCCAACAAAUGAAAUUUACCAAGCCCACUCCAAUCCAAUCAGAAGCCAUACCACACGCUCUUGAAGGAAAAGAUAUUAUCGGUUUAGCAGUCACUGGAUCAGGUAAAACAGCAGCAUUCGCAAUUCCCAUUUUGCAAGCUCUCUGGCAUGCUCAAACACCUUAUUUCGGAUUGGUUCUUGCUCCAACUAGGGAGUUAGCGUUUCAAAUCAAGGACACAUUUGAUGCUCUUGGUACCACAAUGGGAUUAAGAUCAGUAUGUAUUGUUGGUGGUAUGGAUAUGAUGGAUCAAGCAAGAGAUUUGAUGAGAAAACCGCACAUCGUAGUAGCAACACCAGGUAGAAUAAUGGACCAUUUGGAGCAUACAAAGGGAUUUAGUUUAAAAAAUCUAAAAUACCUUGUCAUGGAUGAAGCUGAUCGGUUAUUAGAUAUGGACUUUGGUCCAGCAUUGGAUAAAAUUUUGAAAGUGAUUCCGCCAAAGCGUACUACAUAUUUGUUUUCAGCAACAAUGACAAACAAGAUUGAAAAAUUGCAAAGAGCCAGUUUACACAAUCCAGUUAGAGUCGCAGUGUCGACGAAAUACCAGACCGCCGACAAUUUGGUACAAUCGAUGAUGUUGGUCAAUGACGGAUACAAAAACACCAUAUUGAUUCAUUUGUUGAAUGAGUUUAUGGGGAAAUCAAUCAUAGUAUUUACGAGGACUGUUGCACAUGCACAAAGAACAGCUUUGUUGGCUCGAAUAUUGGGAUUCAAUGCAGUUCCAUUGCAUGGUCAAUUAUCACAAGCUCAGAGAUUGGGUUCAUUGAAUAAAUUCAAAUCGGGCAAGGCGAACAUUUUGGUGGCCACUGAUGUUGCCGCUAGAGGUUUGGAUAUACCCCUGGUUGAUGUUGUUAUCAACUAUGAUAUCCCAACAGACUCGAAAGCGUAUAUCCACAGAGUAGGAAGAACUGCCAGAGCAGGAAGAUCAGGUAAGUCGAUCUCUUUGAUUACACAAUAUGACUUGGAAAUGUAUUUGCGAAUCGAGAAUGCGUUGGGAAAGAAGCUCCCCAAAGAGGACAAACCUUCCAAAGAAGUGCUUGAUGCGUUGCACAUUCAUGUAGACAAGGCUACGGCAGAGGCUAUUAGACAAACAAAGGAAAUACACGACAAGAGAGGCAGGAGGAGAAGAGACGAUGAUCGUGAAGAAAGAUAA